GAAAAAUUUGAAGUGAUGAAGCGCCUCUUGAUCUUGUAGGGUUGUAUCUAGCAUCAAGUUCUUCAGUUGGCUUAGUAAGUUACACUAGAAAGUUACACAGUUAUACUAGAUAGUUAGUAGUUAGUUACAACUAGAGUAGACACAAAGAAAAUGUCUUCUACGUCUAGUGCCACAAUGUCGUCCCAUUCUCAUAUCGUGUUGGUCGUUGGCCUGCCAGGUGCUGGGAAGAGUUUCUUCUGCUCACAAAUGAAGACAAGGCUUGCGACAUCUGAAGUCGACCUUUCGAUCCAUGAAUUUGACGCAGUGGAGAGGCAGUUGGGAACAAACAUGUCGCAAGAUACUAGGGAUCAAGUACUAGCCGCGACGUCAACAGUGGUGCGUAGUUCUUCUAGUUCGUCCUCUUCCUCCUCUUUCAGUCCUGAAGUGUGGCGUGCGGCUCGUGCUUCUGUGUUGGCUGAGGUGAAGCGGGACACGACCGCAAACGCAACUGCUUUUCUGGACGAAGCCGGAAAGUCAUCAACCGCGUCUAAGACGACAUCAUCUUCGAAGAAGAUCCAUCUUCUAGAUGACAAUUUUUACCUUCGAUCCAUGCGCAAGCCUUACUUUCAGCUCGCUCGAGACCAGGGCGGCUUUUUCAAGAUGAUAGUUUUGAAGCCACCAUUGGAAACAUGUUUGUUGCGGAAUUCUUUACGCGCUGGUCGAGCACGAGUACCACAGAGCAUCAUCACUCACAUGUCAGAAGUAAUAGAAUGGCCUCUUUUGGACAAUCGCGGAACAUGGGAAUCCAAGGCAAAGUGGAUCGAACAAGGAGAGGAGGAAGGUGCGUUUACCUACUUAGAUGCUCAUUAGCCAUCAAUUGCGAGUGAAGAUAUGCAUAUCUGUCGUGGUUUAUUUUCAAACUAUCUUCAUGUUGAUGAAAGUUUUUUCGCUUGUUCAAUAAUCGUACUAAGUAAUGUACAAAGACAAACACCUCCACAAUAAAUAUCUUCAGAUGACGAAACUUUUCUCGAUCGUGCAACUGCUUUCCUAGUCGACGAGUCACCCGAUUACAUUCCACCUAAGCUUAACGAGGACGACAUGGCAAGCGGUGAGGCUGAAAAGCAACCGGAAACCCAUCUUCUCGAUAAUCGAUGUCGGAAACUUGUGGCAUUAGUCCUAAGAGACGUGAAGGACCCUGCGUUGAAGCCAGUACUGGCAAAGGAGCUAGGUGUGUUGAAGAAGGAGAUGACAAGUAUGCUUAGUAAGCAAAAACAGCAAGAGCAAAGCCACACUUCUGACUCAGGAAUCAUGUCUUCGAAUUUUACAGAAGAUGAACUAUGUGAAAUUUUUUACAGAAAAUGUAGAGCUCUCUUGAGCGGAUAUAGUGAUGAGAAUGUUGUUGUGGCAGCAGGGAAGGAAAUAUUAUCACAGCGAAAUUUUAUCACAGCGUGUUGUACGUGGCAC